AUGUUGUUCAGCAUUCGGACUCUAGCCCAGCGCUCCCUCCGGGCACAAGCCAGGAGAGCCACCCUGUCCGUGCGUCCGGCCCUAUCAAGGAGGGGAUACGCAGACGUGCACGGCACAGCGCAGAAGACAAGCGAAUUACCCUGGUUGAUAAGCGCCGUAGGCGUAACAGGCGUAGGCCUAGCAUACCUCCUCUCGGGCCCCCCCAAGGGCGCAGGCGGCGCGCACGGGCCAGCAGCAGCCGACGCGAUCGCGAAGCGCCGCAAAGAGGAGACCCAGAGCCCGCGCGACAAGUCCGACUCGGGCGCCUCGCAGCCAUCAGCAGAGGACAAGCCCGCGGGCGACGACAGCGCGCCCAAGGGCGCCGACGACCCGAGUAAUCCCGACAAGGCCACCAGCGUCGGCCGUGCCGCGCCUCCCCCCCCAAGCGACAACCGGGAUCUAGCGGAAGCCUGGGAAGAGAGAAAGGAAGGGCAGAAGGAGUUGAACAAGCGGAUCAGGGCAGGCGAUACCAAAGCAGCGACGAGUUCGUCCCAGGCACCGUCCAAGAAGACGCGAGGUGAGGACCCGCGCGAAGACCCGCAGAAGGGCGAGGGCGAAGCCGUGAAGAAGGGCGGUUCGAAGGACGAAUAA